CGAACCGAGUUCCGUCGAAGCCUUUGAGUUUCCGACACAAGACCCAACGACGCGAACCUGAGGCGCGAUGAUCAACCGAGAAUCGUCCGUCGUCUCUGCAAUCCACCAAACAACAAUGAAACCACACCACAUUGUCCAGUGGACUGAAUGUCAUACAGACGGUGCAUGACAAGAUGGACAUCGAGAUUGUACAGGUUGUCGAUCGCUGGUGCUGCUGCGCUAGGUGUGCCUUCAUUCGUGUGCUGCAAACCCUCUACGGUACUAAUUCAUGUGCCGGCUUUUGGCUUUGUGACGGUCGCGAGCGCGAGAAUGCAGGUGGUGCUUUUUCGUUGUCGACGGCGCGAGCCUUCUGUGUCCAAGCUGCUCGUGUCACACCGGGCCGAAAGGCUAGAGCGCUUUCAGAAGUGGUCUGAUACCCCUGCUGCCGUUGAGGUACGUGAAGCGAGAGUGACAGGCGACACAGCAUAUGCCGAGCUGACAUUGUAUCUCAAAAUCUUGACCACAAAGGUUUUCUUGAGACAUGAGAUUGGCGCAGAUGACCCUCUCCUUUCCUACCGCAUACGCUCUGACCCUCAAGGGAAGUGGAGCCGUCCAGACACGUCAGUCCGUUUGUUUGGUCGACGACAUGUAACGUCGACCCUCACGAGCAUGCAGCUGGAUGUAUGCGCUCAAUUGGCAGCCUCGUGAUGCUGUUGUCAACCAUGCGAAGGCAAUGGUUGCUGUUAUUUGGGACUCGACAAGUCAGAGUCGGGAUCCUCUCCAUUCCAUAUUGACCGCUUAACGGGAUGUGAUCUGGCCUUUCCGUGCUCAAUUUCGCGGUUUGGUUGGGAGAUGCCCUAUUGACAGAAUUGGCUAUGAAC